UGCCGUGCCCGUCAGGGUGACCCAGAGGCCCCAGGACCAAGAGCCAAAUGCCCGCGAGGUGUUGCACAAUGGAAGUGUGCAGGAUGUCAAAUUGUAUAACCCACUUGGAGAUGAUGUGAGAAGAGCCAAAGCAAAUGCUUCAUGUCCUGCCCCUGGGAAAAAGAGAACAAAGCCCAUGAAGCCUGCAGAGAGUGAACAGAAUCCUUGCAGUGCUGUUUAUCGCCGGCCCUUCAGGGACAGGGUGAUUCAUUUGCUUGCUCUGAGGACUUACAAGAAGCCAGAGUUACUUGCUUGCUUGCAGAGAGAUGGAGUCAUGCAAAAGGACAAGGGCACCCUUGGGAAGAUCCUUCAGCAGGUAGCCAAGUGGAAUCCAAAGGAGAAUUCCUUCAGUCUGAAGGAACAUCUAUUUCACACCCUUCAGACUGAUUGGCCUGGCUACACUGACAUAGACAGAAAGAAUUUGAAGUUAAUACUUUCUGGAAAAUCAGCUCCAUCUCAGAACACCACCAACACCAGCCAAGCGACAUCUCUGGGACCUUCUGAGAGAGACACUCCAGCAAGACCUGCUCAGAAACGUCCUCUGGCUUCCGACUUGACCAGUCCUGUGACGAGCAAGAAGAGGAGAAUUGGUCACCGGCCCAGUCAUGUCCAGGCAGCAGCUGGUGGCCUCUUUUCUUCCUUCCUUUUGCCUUCCACAUCUCUUUAUCCUUUGGACAUGUCUCCAAGUGUUGUCUCCGUUUCCCCCACCACCCAUGUCGUACAACAAACAGAGAAAUUUCAUCUUUCUACCAUCCCAGCACCUGUCAGGGUGGAAAAGGAGAUCCCCAAUUCAAAUGGGAAAACAAAUGAACUGGGGAGGCUGAAGCAGUUGCAGCCCUUGGAUUUCGAUGAAGGAACAAGAAAAGAUCCUUCCAUUGCCUCCACAUGCUCUGCAACAAGCAACCAAGCAGACUACUUGAGAAAAUAUGGAGCCAUUGUCUCCUUGGAGCAACGCCAGCACUACAAGGAUGACUUCAAUGCAGAGUAUGAGGAAUAUCGGAAUUUAUAUUUUAAGAUUGACAAGACCAUCAAGAAAUUCAGACAAUUUCAGGAGCAAUGGAAGUCUCUGACUCCAGGCUCCAAAGCUUAUCAGAUGCUUCGUCAUCGAAUCCUAGCAGAUUAUCAGCAGUUACAACAGGGUAGCCCCAGCUACUCUGAAAUGAGGAGCAGGUGCCAGUACCUCCACAAGAAGCUGGCCCAUAUUCAGAGCUGCAUUUCUGAAUUUGACCAGCAGUGAGUGGAGUACUGGCACCAGACAUCUGCUUCAGCCUGGUGAAAUCUGUGACAUCUGGAUUUUUUAUUUCAAUGAGAAGAUUAGGUUUUUAGGAUUAUUUAAGUUAGUACAGAUUCAUAGGCUAUGUUAGCACUUUGGAGUAGAUUAUUUCUUAAAAAUGUAGGAUUAGUUCAAAGAAGUUUAGUAAUUUUAAGAAGUUGAAAGAUGAUAGUAUUGACUAUUAACAAUAAAGAAAUCUCACUAUUGGUAA